CCCGCCUCCCUCCCCCUCCCUCCUCCCUCCGCCCUCUCGCUCACACACACCCCCGCUUGGGCCUCCUCUCUCUCUCCGGCUCCAUUUUCUCCGCCGCCGGGGGCCGGGGUCUCCUGUGGGGGGCCCAGCCGGUACCCCAGGUCUCCCUUCAGUGCCGGGGUGAACCCGGGGGAGCCGCGAGGGGGGAGGCGGGCGGGGUUGGGGCGGAGGGAGCAGCGGCCCCGGCGAGUUUGGGGGGAGUAACCCGGCGGGGGAGGGGCGGAGCAGGGAGGGGGCCUCAGGGCCCCCCCCCCCGCGAUGGACGAGCGGCUGCUGGGGCCGCCCCCUCCCGGCGGGGGCCGCGGGGGCCUGGGAUUGGUGGGUGGGGAGCCCGGGGGCCCUGGCGAGCCUCCCGGCGGCGGAGACCCCGGUGGGGGUAGCGGGGGGGUCCCGGGAGGCCGAGGGAAGCAAGACAUCGGGGACAUUCUGCAGCAGAUAAUGACCAUCACCGACCAGAGCCUGGACGAGGCCCAGGCCAAGAAACACGCCCUCAACUGCCAUCGAAUGAAGCCUGCUCUGUUUAGCGUCCUGUGUGAAAUCAAAGAGAAAACCGGCCUCAGCAUUCGAAGCUCCCAAGAGGAGGAGCCGGUGGACCCCCAGCUGAUGCGCUUGGACAAUAUGCUUCUGGCGGAGGGUGUGGCCGGGCCUGAGAAAGGGGGGGGCUCGGCAGCAGCUGCAGCCGCCGCAGCAGCCUCGGGGGGCGGCGUGUCCCCCGACAACUCCAUCGAGCACUCGGACUACCGCAGCAAGCUCGCGCAGAUCCGCCACAUCUACCACUCGGAGCUGGAGAAGUACGAGCAGGCGUGCAACGAGUUCACAACCCACGUCAUGAACCUGCUGCGGGAGCAGAGUCGCACGCGGCCCGUGGCGCCCAAGGAGAUGGAGCGCAUGGUGAGCAUCAUCCACCGGAAGUUCAGCGCCAUCCAGAUGCAGCUCAAGCAGAGCACCUGCGAGGCCGUCAUGAUCCUGCGAUCCCGCUUCCUGGACGCCAGACGAAAACGCCGCAACUUCAGCAAGCAGGCCACUGAGGUCCUGAACGAGUACUUCUACUCGCACCUCAGCAACCCGUACCCCAGUGAGGAGGCCAAGGAGGAGCUGGCCAAGAAGUGCGGCAUCACCGUGUCUCAGGUCUCCAACUGGUUUGGCAACAAGCGGAUUCGCUAUAAGAAAAAUAUUGGAAAGUUCCAAGAGGAGGCAAACAUCUACGCUGUCAAGACCGCGGUGUCAGUCACCCAGGGGGGCCACAGCCGCACCAGCUCCCCGACACCCCCUUCCUCCGCAGGCUCUGGCGGCUCUUUCAAUCUCUCAGGAUCCGGAGACAUGUUUCUGGGGAUGCCCGGGCUCAACGGAGAUUCCUAUUCUGCUUCCCAGGUAGAAUCUCUCCGACACUCCAUGGGGCCCGGCGGCUACGGGGAUAACCUCGGGGGAGGCCAGAUGUACAGCCCUCGGGACAUGAGGGCAAACGGCGGUUGGCAGGAGGCUGUGACCCCGUCCUCAGUGACAUCCCCGACAGAGGGACCAGGAAGUGUUCACUCCGACACCUCCAACUGAUCUUUCCCUCAGGGUCGCCGGGGUUGGGGGCUCUCACAAGGCAACUUGAAGAGGACACAGGCAUCCAGAGGACCAGCCCCAGACAGGAGAAGCACAAGACAGGAGGGCGAAUGGGGCGGUCCCCCCACCUCGACUGUCACUGCUGGGUGCUGACUACAUGGCAGGGAGAAUGGGACCCCGAGAGGGGAGUGGGGUCUGUCUUCCCCUUGUUUCCUUUCUCCAGUCUCCCUCGGCCUCUCUCCCCCACACACCCCUGUUUCUCGGACCCUUUUUCCUCGUGCCCCUCUCACGCCUUCGCUGCCUCACGCUCCCACAUGCAGCUCUCCGCUUCCUUCUGCCCCCUCCCCACCCCACUCCUCCGCUCUGGAAUCUGGAAUCUGGAGACGUCAGCCCUGCCCGACCCAGAGAUGCCAAAAAUGGGGACUUGACUUCUGGACAGAGGACGCUGGGCCACGCCCCUGUGCACCCACCCCUGCCCCUCCAGACGGCUUUAUUACCUCAUACGCAGCUCAUCUUAAACCAAUAGAAUCGCUCGGUGGACGAGAGUGUCUGACUCAGAUAUCUACCUCGGAGGGAGUUUCUGCUUCUUUAGGGAAUUGUUGACUGGGCUUUGGGGUUGAAACAUUUUUUUCUUUUUUUAAAGAAAAAGAAACCCUGGGAUUCAUCUGUGUUUUUUUUUUUUCUUUUUUAUUUUUUUGUUCUUAAUUUUUAAUUUAGUUUGGGGAAGUAGGUUUGUGGUGUUUUUUUAUAAACAUACUGAUUUUUUUUCUUGCUUUCCCGUAUUAGAGGUGAUAGCCAAAGGGGUUCUGGUAAGAGAAGGGGGAACCAAGGGAACUGGUGCAGAGGCCCGCCAGCUGCAGGCCUGACCACCAGGAAGUGAUUUUGUGGGACACCAGGCCCUUCCCUCUGAAAUCACUUCCGAGUCACUGGCCCGUGCUGCCAGUUUCCACUGCACUUGGGGAGGGGCUCGCCCCGCGGCGCCUUUCCCUUCUCUCCCACAACCCUUGGGCAGGGCUGGACUCUGAGGAAUUGAAGAUGCCGCCUUCCCUGUGUGACAAGUCUUUCAAUCUUUUUUUUUUUUUUAACUACUAUUUGCAGAUUGGAGGAGAAAGAAUGGGGAGGGGAGUCUUGCCAAAUACGUUAAAUAUGGGUUGGGUGCUUAUUAUAUAUGUAUCUCCCUCAGUUUCCCCAGAAAUGAGGCAGUUUUAAAUUUUUUCUCCUAAAUCAAGGAAGUGGGUGGAGGAGGGAGAUUGCAAAAAGCCAGAUAUGGGGAAGGCAAGAACACUGUCCCAGCCUCGCCCCGAACCCCAUCUGAUCCCCUCAGUCACCUUCAGGAUUUUACGAGACUGUCAGUGGGGAUUCCCUCCCCUUGCAGGGGCGGGCAGGAUUAGGGGACAGCUUGGGAACGUGACGGGUGGGGGGUGGGAGGUGCGGGCCAGGGGCAGUUCUCUCCUCACUUGUAAACUUGUAGUUUCACAGAAAAAAACAAACAAUGCAGUUUUAAAUAAAGAAAUUUCUUUUUUCCCUGG